AUGGAUCUGAUUUCCCCAAAAGUGCAUGGCCUCCAACGACUCAUCGACACUUGCCGCCAAUAUGGAGAGGAAUUUGAUAUAAUCUACAACGAAACCAAGACCCAGUGCAUGUCGCUGCUCCCGAGAUUGCUUAAACAUACUGCAGAACCACAAAUUUUCCUCGGAAACCAUCGGCUGGAAUUUGUGCACGAAUUUCCGUAUUUGGGUCACAUUAUCACCGACGACCUAAAAGAUACGGCAGACAUUGAGCAGAGGCGUCGUAAACUAUGUGCAACUGGCAACGUGAUUGCAAAGAGGUGCAACCUUCAAAGAUGGAAAUCCUCGCUGGAGGUGGGCAACUGGCAAAGGAGGAAAAUAAAAGAGAAAGCGCCCCACCCACAGCAGCUGAACAUAUCCCCGGCCACCAUUACACUUGGAAGGUGA